AUGGCGUUCGAUGCUCGGCUGCCGUCUCCAAUUCCGACACCUUCAAGGUCAAGUUACAAGUCGAGUCCGUCAGUUGGAAUCGAAAAUAUUGAGCUUGAUCCUUGGCAGUCACCUCCACUUGAGCCUCCGCAGUCAUACAGAAGUACCGAUGAUCUUCUGCCUUCAGAGCAUGAGCGCCUAUACCAGACCUCUCCCAAACCAUCAAGCGGUUCCUUUGAUCGCCAACCAAGCACUCCGAAGAAGUUUGACGGAUGGAGACUUGGCGCUGUCUACUGUGCUGCGGUCGUUGCCGCUUCGCUUAUCUUGAACCUCACGCUGACUGUCUGGGCAUCCAAGACUUUUGGACUUUCAGGAGGCAUUGGCACAAUACAUCGAGGUACAUGUCCGUCAGUCAAGCGCAUCGGACUCUGGGUACAUGUCGCGAUCAAUGUUAUAAGCACGAUACUUCUUGGUGCUAGCAAUUAUUGCAUGCAAUGUCUUUGCUCCCCAACUAGAAAGGAGGUCGACAAAGCACAUGAAAGCAACACUUGGCUGGAUAUUGGGAUUCAGAGCUUCAGGAAUCUGAUGAAGAUCAAGAAAGGUAGAGUGGUUCUCUGGCUUCUGCUUGCUGUGAGCUCGAUUCCGCUCCAUCUGAUGUUCAACUCGGCAAUUUUCGUGAGUCUCACAGCCAACGAAUACAUUGUCGCCGCAGUUACCGAAGAUUUCGUCAAUGGUGCAGAAUGGACUUUGGCCGGCUCGGACGACUUCCACCACUCGAUCGUAUCACAGAUGCAGCAGAACAUCUCGAGCUAUGAUCGACUGGAGCCCGAGGACUGUAUCAAAGAGUAUGGUGUCGACUAUCUCUCUUCCAGAAGGCAUACCCUCGUCAUUGUUUCAGGCCAGUUCCCAGAUCCGCUCCUAGGUAUCCUGGACUGGAUGUAUGAUGACAGUCGGAACUCGUGGGUCUGUGGUACCACGCAAGGACCCCACAACACACUGGACACCAUUCCCAUCGAUAAUUUUGAUUGUUCUAUUCCUGUCGCCUUAUACGAGAAUGAAGCUUUCUUAAUGGCUGAUAGAGAGGUGCGGUAUUGCCUCAGCCAAAAAGUGGAAGACCGCUGCCGGCUCGAGUUCGCCGUGCCAAUCAUGAUCGCUGUCCUUUCUUGCAAUUUCGUGAAGUUGGUGUGUAUGAUCGUGACGAUCUGGAAGUGUCGAGAGCCUACCUUUGUCACUCUUGGCGAUGCUCUGAGCAGUUUUCUGGAGGAACCAGACCGGAAUACCGUUGGGAUGUGUAUUUCCAAAAAGAAGGAGUUCGACAAUGCUUGGCCCGACGGAGAGCCGAAACGAUGGGAUGUGAAGAAGCACUUCCGGUUUGAGGCCGUCGGACUUCAGCGCUGGAUUGGGUCGAACUCCAUGUGUGCUGUAGCACUCAUCGCUUUGUCGCUUGCACUUAAAUACGCCAUCCACUACACGACAACAGCGAGUGACAUCAAGACUCUCUGGGAUCUUGGAUUCGGCACCGUCACCUCAUCGUCUCUAAUCCGAUGGAAUACUCCCGUUGUCGGCAGCCCGGGUCUUAUGAAGAAUGUUCUCCUCGCAAAUUCGCCACAAAUAAUUCUGUCUAUAUUAUACAUUGUCUACAACAGGAUGUACACAUGCAUGUCCUUCUCCAAAGAAUGGCAUGAUCUCGCCCAUCGCCGACUAGCUCUGAGAGUUACCGCACCCAGAGGAUCUCAACGUUCAACAUACUUUCUCUCCCUCCCAUACCGGUACUUGAUUCCAAUCUCGCUGGUGUCAAUCGCCACGCACUGGAUUCUAUCUGAGAGCUUGUUCCUGGUCGCCAUCGACGUCUACGAUGAGCACGGGGAACUCGACAUCUCUCAAUCAAUCCUCACUUGUGGAUUCUCGUGCAUAGCGCUCAUAUUUCUGAUCGGAGUCGGGUGGCUUGUCUUGAUCGCGGGAGUGGGUAUGGGCCUUCGAAGAUACAAUGGAGGAAUGCCUCUAGCUGGGAGUUGCAGUGCGGCUCUCAGUGCUGCUUGUCAUCCAGUAGCUGAUGAACAAGAUGUUGCUUUGGUGCCAGUAAAAUGGGGUGUUGUGAGUAUCUCGCAAGGUGUUGGUCACUGUGCGUUGAGUGGACGGUAUGUUUCGCCUCCUGUUGCCCUCCGCUGGUAUCAGGGACAGGGGCACGAUUGA